UCACAGGCGGUGCCACCUCCAGCCAAGCCUCAGGGUGCAGGGACGGAGCCGCUGGGUGCUGGGGGGGCCUCUUUGAGGCCCAUCCCUGGCGUGGGGUGCAUCCGGCACCCCCCUUUUCCCGCCCCCCCCCCCCCCCCCCCCCCCCCCGCUUCCUGCAGGCUUUAUCAGGGGGGACACCCGUUGGGGACAACUCUUCGGCACCGCGGGGACAAUGUACGGCAACGUCGAGUCCAGCCGAACCGAGCGGGGGCAAAUGUGGGUGCUGGGACCCGGCGAUGGGGAAGCCUGCAGCGACCUGUACCCCCCCGAGGAAAACCCCUACGAGCCCCUGGACCCCCCCCUCGCCGCGCCAAGCCAGAAGGACUUACCCGACCCCCCAAGUACGACACGGGCGACGGCAGGAGCGCCGGGACAAAGCCCCGCGGCCGUUACAGCCGGUGCCCCCCAGCUCUGCCCAAAGCGGGGGCCGGUUCUCCCUCACCGCCCCCCCCCAGCGUCGGGGUGCUGCUCCAGGGAGAAACUGGUGCUGGUGGGCACCGUGGCCCUGGGGGUCUCGGUGCUGAUGAACAUCCUCUUCCUCGCCAUCGGCUCGCGGCGCAUCGCAGCCCUGACGGAGACGCUGGAGGCAGAGAAGAUGAAGCAGCUGCCGAAUGUGGCCUCCCGCUCCUUCCUGCUGUACAACGAAGACCACCGCAAGUGCGUGGAGGCCAGCGGGCAGCACCUGGUGGCAACCCCGUGCCGGCCCGAGGCGGCCGCGCAGCGGUUCCAGUGGUUCCACGGGGACCGGCUCCGGGCCGGGGAGAGCCAGCGCUGCCUCACGGCGACCCGGGGGCAAAACCUGGCCCUGGUCAGGCUGGAGCCGUGCCGGGACGACGGCGAGCUGCAGCGCUGGGAGUGCCACCACGGCGGGCUGCUGGCGCUCGCCGGCUACCAGCUCUAUUUCAAUUACGGCAACAACCUGCAGCGCACGGUGAUGCUCUACACCGGGGACCGCGAGUGGAGCCGCUGGGUGGUCCACGGCAGCAAGGACGACGUCUGUUCCCUCUCCUGCUGUCCCCCUUGCUCCAAGGGCUGGACCUAUUUCAGGAACUCCUGCUAUUUCUACUCCAAGACGGCGAGUUCCUGGGAUAACGCCCAGAGCUUCUGCUCGGCCCUGGGCACGCAGCUCCUGGAGGUGGACAGCCCCGAGGAGAAGGAUCACGUCCGGACGUGCUGCGAAGUUCCUCCUGGCUCGGCAUCAGGGAUGAGGAGGUCGAAGGCACCUGGAAGCGAGCAAACGGGACUAUUUUAUCCCGGGAAAGCAGGCAUCUGUCCGUCCUGGUGUCCGUCUGUCUGGUUGUCCAAGCGUCCAGGUAUGUGGGUGUCCAUCUGCCUGUCCGUCCUGGUGUCCAUCCGUCUGUCUGGUUGCCCAAGUGCCAGGUUGUCCAAGUGUCUGUCUGUCCUGGUGUGA